AACUUCCCCUGGGCGCGGGGCACACCAACAUCCGGCGAGCGUGUGAGGGAAGAAGCCAUGGUGCGGUUCAAGCACAGGUACCUGCUCUGCGAAGUGGUGUCUGACGACCCCCGCUGCCGCCUGACUCUGGAGGACCGUGUGCUGAUCGGCCUCGUACGGGACACGAUCGCCCGGGUGCAUGGAACCUUCGGCGCGGCCGCCUGCUCCAUCGGUUUUGCAGUUCGAUACCUCAAUGCCUAUACUGGAAUAGUGCUGCUUCGAUGCCGAAAGGAGUUCUACCAGCUGGUGUGGUCAGCCCUGCCCUUCAUCACGUAUUUGGAGAACAAAGGACACCGCUACUCUUGCUUUUUCAACACCUUACACGUGGGAGGUACCAUUAGGACAUGUCAGAAGUUCCUGAUUCAGUACAACAGGAGGCAGCUGCUGAUCUUGUUACAGAACUGCACCGAUGAAGGAGAGCGGGAAGCUAUCCAGAAGUCUGUCAACAGAAGCUGUUUAUUACUAGAGGAAUCAUCCGGGGAGGAAGAGCUUCCGGACAGUGGAGGUGAGGAAGCAGCUGAGGCCAUGGCGUGAGCCGACCACCCAGCAGGCUUCACUGUGUCCGAGAUCUCAGAGUGGAGGACAGUCAACCAGAGGACCAUCUUCUACAGCUUAAAACGGAGGCCAUGCUCACUGAAAACACCAAAGUGGUUUUUACUGUGUUCCUGGCUAAGUAGUCCUACUGGUUGUAAGGACUGUACAUUUAUAGAUAUUUCUGUGUCUGUGUGGCUGAGAGUAGGCUUAAUAUUUGGUUUCUGUAGCACUGAGCCCAAGAAUUAGGUUACAAAAAAGGCUCACACACUCCAUGCCUGACCAGGUCUCUUCUUCCAUACACCACUGGCUUUUCUGUGAACACAACCUCCCCUCUUAUGGUACUAGACAAAUUGUCUUUAAAAAAUUUUGAAAGGCAGAAAGAUCUACCAUCCACUGACUUACUCCCCAAAUGGCCUCAACAGUCAAGGCUGAGCCAGGCCGAGGACAGAAGCCAGGGAACUCUACCCACCUCCCACAUGUGUAGCAGGGGCCCCAAUACUUGAGCCAUCUGCUUUCCAAGCCACAUUAGCAGGAGCCAAAUCUUAAGUGGAACAGCUGGGACCUGAGACUGCAUUCUGAUGUGGGAUGCCAUACAACACCAGCCCCACUGGAUGGAAUUUGAGUAUUACACUGGAUAUGCAGCCCUAAACAAAUGAAGUCAAUAAACAUGGGGACAUA